AUGCCUAUAGAUAUGGAUGGUUUACGUGACGGUUAUCGUGGUCGAUAUCGUGAUCGACAUAAUAAUUAUUCGACACAUCGAAAUAAUCCUACGGAUCGAUCAACACGUGGAAACUAUCAUGAACGUCCAACACAUAGUAAUGAUCAUAAUGGUAAUUAUUCAUCAAGAAAUUCAUCAAAUGAAAGUAAUAAUUAUCGUUCAUCACGUAUAUCACUUAAUUCUCGACCUGUUUCAUCACGAAAUGGCCCACCAAAACAUCAUCGUUAUCAACAUCAUAAUGAUGAUUAUUCAUCUUCGUCAAAUAUUUCUUCAUCAUUAUCUAAUCGAACAAAUAGUGGUCAAUCAAAUUAUUAUGAUAAUCAUUCACCAUCAUCAAGAUUCGAUCGAUCAUCAAAUCAUCGUGAAAAAUAUUCAUCAUUAUUAACUGAACAACAAAUUAUUUCCAAUAAUUCUAUUCCAUCAAAUUCUUUAUAUUAUAAUUCAUCUCAAUCAAUAUUACCUUUACAUGAUCGUGGAUUACCACCAUUAUUACCAUCACAACAUAUUGAUUCAGAACGUAAUCGAUAUGUUUCAUCAUCGUCGAAUUAUCGACGAAAUAGUUCUCCACCACCACCACCACCACCACCACCACCACCACCACCUGUUUCAUCUUAUCGAAAUGAACGAUUAAUGGACUAUGGACCUCGAAAUAUUAAUAAUGAUAUAUAUAUGCGUAAUGAAUAUCGAUCUCUAACACCUCCACCAUUGGUUCCUGUAUCUAUACGUAAUGAUCCAUAUAGUGGUGAACUGUAUCGACCAAAUGAUUAUGGCACACGUUCUGAACGAUAUGACCUGCCAUCGAAUCGAAAUAAUACAUCAUCACGUGAUCAUUCAAUGGCAUCUGUCUCAUCAUCUACUUAUCGUAAUGAUUUGUAUCGAAGUUCAUCAAAUGUUUCAAUGUCAUCACCAUCAUCCUAUACAACACGUGAACAAUAUAUACAAGAUGUUAAUUAUCGUUCAAUAUCUCAAUCAAGAGAUUAUGGAACUACAUUAUCAUCAUCAUCACGUCCUAAUUAUCCAUCAUUAAUGGAUCAUCAAGAAGGUUUAUUUCGAAAUAAUCGUGAUCGUAAUCAGAAUGAUAAUCGUUCAUCAUCUCAUCGUGAUCGUCCAAAUUUAAAACGUUCUGGUUCAAGAUAUAAUGAUAAUGGACCAAUACCAUCUAAACGACCUAUGAGACGAUAA